UCCAUUCCUUUUGUAAUCUUUAUUUUAGUUUGUUGUUUCAAUUGUUAGUUGUUUUGCACAUACAAUGGAAAAUUCAAUAAGCUCUAGCAAAUAUUGGUCUCCCUUGAUGUAGCAUCCUCCGUCAGAAGUUACCUUGAUGACAAGCAAUCUUAAUCAUUACCGCAGUUUGGGAAUAGAUGAACUCGAUACCAUUAUCAACUAGAUGUGGAUGUAGUCGAGGAUGGCUCAGUUAACUCAAGCUGUGGCAAAUACUUCACGUAUUUUAAAUACAAGGCAUAACUUGCAAUCAUACACAUGAACUAAUUUAACCAUUGGUGUCACUUUCUACUAAAGGUGGAAGCUAUUGGUGGUUUCAUGGCAGCUCUUGCGUUUUGAGUGGGGCGUCAGGAAAAAAACAUAUAUAUUUCUGUAGUAAAACCCCCAUACUCAAUUAAUUCUUUGGCGCAGGAAUCCAUGGAACUUCCUCACUUCCUGGUUGAUGGACUGGACCUUCUAUGCAUUGCCUGGCUAUGAUGAACUUCUUUUUCUCUUGAUCAUCCCAGGAAGAGCCACUAUGAAUCAAUGUGGCAUCACAAUCCCACAUUUUCCUCAGACACUAUUGCACUUCUCAUACCUCAUGUUUUUAGCUCAGACUUCAUUUUGUUGGACAUUUACCAACAUGCAGCCGAAUAUAUGCAGAAUGAACCUCUGUUUUCGUUUAUCUAGCAUGAAUUCCAAAUGUGCUCUUGUUCCUUGACCACCACUUAAGGGUAUGCUUUUGUGUAUAUGGAAGAUGAGAGGGAUGCACAUGAUGCCAUUCGGGGGCUGGAUCAAAUUGAAUUUGGUAGAAAGGGUCGCCGUCUUCGUGUUGAGUGGACAAAGGAAGAACGUUCUAACAGGAGACCUGUGAGUUCAAGGAAACCAUCAUCAAAUCCAAGACCAUCAAAGACCUUGUUUGUAAUUAAUUUUGAUCCGUAUCAGACCAGGUCAAGGGACUUGGAGAGGCACUUUGACAGGUAUGGAAAAGUGUUGAAUGUGAGGAUUAGAAGGAAUUUUGCAUUCAUCCAGUAUGAAGAACAAGAGGAUGCCACCAGGGCAUUGGAAGCUACCAAUUUAAGUAAGUUGAUGGAUAGAGUUAUUUCUGUGGAAUAUGCUGGCAAGGAUGAUGACCAAAGGAAAAAUGGUAGCAGUCCUGACAGAGGUCGUGAUAGGUCGCCAGGAAGAAGAGAUUACAGGGGAGGGCGAUCUCCAAGCCCCUACAGAAGAGUAAGAGCCAGUCCUAGUUAUGGCCGAGCCCGAAGCCCAAAUCAAGGUGAAAGGGCAAGUCCUGAUUAUGGUCAUCGUCGCAGUUCUAAUGGUUACCAUAAAUCAAAGGACAAUGAUUACCAUGGUCGUAGUCCUCUUAGAGGGGGGAGGCUUAGUCCCAACAGUAAAGAUGACGAAGCUGCUCCAAGAGAGAAUAGUCGCAGCCUAAGCCUGAAAAGGGAGAGAAGUAGAAGCCCUUUAAGAAGGGGGAGGCUAAGUCCUAAUGAUAAUGGUGUUGAACUUGCUCCGAGAGAGAAUAGUCUUAUCCUAAGCCCAAAAAGGGAGAGAAGCAGAAGUCCUCCAAGAAGAGGGAGGCCUAGUCUUAAAUAUAAUGAUGAUGAACCUGCUCCGAGAGAGAAUAAUCUUAUCCUAAGUCCAAAAAGGGUGAGAAGCAGAAGCCCUCCAAGAAGAGGGAGACCUAGUCUUAAAUAUAAUGAUGAUGAACCUGCUCCAAGAGAGAAUAGUCGUAGCCUAAGCCCGAAAAGGGAGAGAAGCAGAAGCCCUCUAAGAGGGGGGAGGCUUAGUCCUAAUGAUAAUGAUGAUGAACCUGCUCCAAGAGAGAAUAUUCGCAGCCUAAGCCCGAAAAUGGAGAGAGACAGAAUCCCUAAUGACAGUCAUCAAAGUCCUAGCCCAGAUUCAAGAAUUGAAAUGAGGACAAGCCCUACCGAUUAUGGAGCAGCUAGUCCGGAGGCAGUUGGAUACAGGAGUCAGUCUCCGGUGGAGGAGGAGCGUGAGGAGCGUGAACGUUCUCAAUCUUGAUGGGGCUGGAGAAGGAAGGAAGGAAGGAAAGAUUGGCUGUUGUUAUUUUAGUGGAUAAUCAUUGUUUCAUAUGAUGGCUCAAUCUCUUGGAAAUGGAAUAUUAUUAGAUAUAUUGGUAUUUGGAACUUAUGCAUUUGGGAUAUUGUUUGGUGCAAAAUAUCUCCAACUGUUGUCUCAUUUUCAAUUAAAUAGUCUGUUUGCUUCCUAAGUAUUGGAUUAUAUAGACUGGUGUAACUUGAAGAAUUGUUUAAAGAUUUAGCUCAACAUAAGAUUUUAUGGUUU